AUGGGUUUUCAGUCAUGCAGGGACUCGAAGACCAACGUACGUAGUACUCUUUCCAAUUCCUACAUGUCAACUAAUGGAUAUAAAAAGAAACUUGAGAGUUUAAUUGCUGUGAUACUUGUGGUUGUCCAAAUACCCUCGCCGCUUCCUUUGGUUGGUUGGGAGUUUUGGCCUAUAUCACCUGCGAAUGCGGUUCUUUAUUCUCCAGACACUAAGGUUCCCAGAACAGGAGAGUUAGCUUUAAGGAGGGCUAUACCUGCAAACACAAACAUGAAGGCCAUGCAGGAUUCUCUGGAGGAGAUACUUUACUUGCUGAGAAUCCCACAGAGAAAGCCUUAUGGAACCAUGGAGGGGAAUCAUGUGAAAAAAGCUCUAAAGAUAGCAACAGAUGAAAAGGACUCAAUUUUGGCAAGUGUACCCACAGACUUGAGGGAGAAGGGUUCCACCUUAUAUGCAUCUCUUAUCGAUGGAAAGGAUGGAUUGCAAGUUCUUCUUGGAUAUAUAAAGGAUAAGGAUGCAGAUAAAGUAUCUGUGGCGCUUGCAUCUUCACUGGAUACCAUUGCUGAGUUUGAGUUAUUACAGGCUCCAGGCCUGUCAUUCUUGUUGCCUGAGCAAUACCAGAGAUACCCAAGGUCAGUCUUAUCUCAGUAGUUCCUUUUGAGUGAUAUUCUUCAUCUGUUUGGGUGAUGAUAUAUACUACAUUCAUUUAACUAUUGAAAGCUAAAUUAGUCAGUCAUU